AGCCUAGCUGAGGAGAUGUUCAAACCUUUGGGUUCCUUGCUUCAGCGUUUGUUGGAUCUGCAGGUCUCCUGGUGUUGGCCGGUGUCGCUUCCACGGGGACGUGUGCUCUCCGGGGCACUUUUUGCUGUUCAUGAAAUUUUCACUGGAAGACAAAGAAGAAGAGGAGCAUAAUGAGAGUGCAAAGGAUGGUAAUUAUAAUGCAGUUCUGGAAAGGGAAGGAGUGUGUACUGUAUUACUGAGGGCAUGCAUGUUAUUGUGUGUCAGAAGGAGGAUGAUAAUUAUGUUGAUGAACAGUUACAUUCAUAUUGUAAGAUUUACAGCACAAUAAAAUGGAUGCUAAGAAAAACAGCAGAUGGAGAAGCGACCAUAUAAACACAUAUACACCAUGACUCAUACCCUCCGAUUUUAUAUCUAUGAAAUCGGAUCAGAAUAUAAAUGGAAUUGUACAUGAAUAUCUUUUUUUUUUUUUCUGAAUUCACUUACAUUCAGUAAACCUUGUGUUCAGGGUUCUCUGACUCACAACCAUGACUGCACUCAGCAGCCUCCACCCUCCACACUGUGGCUGAGAGCGUGUCACAACAGCAGUUUCAGGCCUGAGUCUCACAGUGUGUGUUCGAAAAAAAGAAAGAAAGAAAGAGAGGGAAACUUCAGUUACACCUUCUAAAGAAAAAGACGUUUCCUUCGAAGAGACACCUCUGUUUUUAUGCUUGUCAAGUAAUUAUCUACAGCAGCCAAAAUAGCAGCCAAAAAUAGAAUAAGGUUUGAGAAAAAGAGAGAAAGGGAGUCGUUUAAAGGUAUAUAUUUAAUCAGAAGCUUGGUUUGGAGGGAUCUGGGUUUUGGUUCUGGUUUGGAUCAGAUCUUGACUGCAGUUUUACAGUGUGACUAGAUGGAGAUAUAGAUCAGCAAAGCGUUACAACCACACUAGUCAUGAUGACUCACAUACACAUAUCACACUCUCACACGCAUACACAGAUGUUCUUAUCUGCUCCUAUCAAAGCAUCAAAUAUAAAAUAAAAAUCUAUUUCAUUAGUUUAUGUUCUGUUGAACAUAUCCAUGUCUCUGUUGCUAUGUGCAUCUGUUUGUGCAUUACAGUGUGUGUGUCCAGUCUGGUCAUAUUUGUGCAAUGAAGUUGUACUACUUAUGUGUGCAUGUGUGUUUGUGUGGCUGUGUGUGUGGGGGGUUAUGUUUUUAGAUGAUAUUCAAACACUGUUCACUAGAAUAGAACAAGUUCUUCUUGUUAAUCUCUGAUUAUAAAUAUAUAUUGGUCGAAAUCAUAGGGUUCUCUUGCUCAUUGUGAGUUUGUGUGUGCAUAUUUUUAUGUAUGAUUGUGUACGUAUGGGCAUAUGUGGGGUGUGAGUGAACUUUUGAUAUCUCUGUUAAUAAUCAGAUGUGUUUGCAAUCAUCAUUUCAACACUCAACCAGCUAAAGUUGUGGCCCAUCUCUUAAAGGGGAAGUUCUAAUAUUCAGUUUGUCUUAAAGGAGAAGUUGGGUUUGUUACUUCACGACUUGUGUCUUAAGCAAGUGUUUUCAUCAGCCUCUUCUGCACGACUUUCUUAGUGUAAAGCUGCACUUCAUUUAUACAGCAGAAUGAAUGAAUUUGUCAUUUAUGCAGGUUGAGGGCUUUCCAUCCUGCAUGAGUUCUGGUGAAGAAGUUUAAGCUCUUGAUUCUCCAACUUUAGCUCUGGCAAUUCUUCCAGCCCUAGCACCCUUACAAAGAUUUUUUUUUCAAAGAUGCCUACACAAGCACACAGAACAGAGAAAAAGAGUAUGAAACUGUGUUCUUUCAACUCUUAAAUGGAACGAAAUAGUGAUUGGCACACAACGGUUUUUCCUUUUUACUCCAAUUUUACUUUGCGUGUCAAAUUCUUUAUGCCCGUGUUUUGAUAUUUUUUAUAUUUUUACAUUUUGAUAUCAAAACAGAGAAAGAAAAUGACAAUUUUAUUUAUUCUUGUUUUUGAUGUUUUAUAAUUAUCAGUGCAUUGACAUGUAAAAACACUGACCUUUUCAAGACCAAAACAUGUGAAAAGGAGAGGUCAAUCCUCAUCUGUUGGCAGAUGAUGUUUGAUUUAUUUGUUUAAUGUAAUAAAAUGUAUACAUUUACAGUGUCAUUUAAAUAAGUACUACUUUGGGUCACUCUAAUGCAAUAACAGAUGAUAUCUUCAUGAAUGAUGUCUUCUAAUUCAUCUGAAGCAAAUAAAUAAGAUCUAAGUAACUAACUAGGUAAAUACAUAGCCAAUUAAAUAAAAUAGACAUUUAAAAGGGAGUAUUUUGGCUUUGUCUGUGUACAAGUUCUAAUAAAAUGCUUUAUCUUGUAAGGGAGGAAGUUAGAAGAUGGAGGCAAUCUGUCUAAACCUCUUGUGUGACUCAGACCUUUGUCACAACUCUGUCGCACCAGUGGGCAGAGCUUCAUCUGCAAGUAUAAUGGCUCAUGAAUUAAAGCUUUCUAAAAGAUUGUUUAAAGCUUCUAAAGAUUGUUCUGUUAUUUCCUUUGCCUUUCAUCUAAAUUUAUUUGCUGCUUGAUUGAUUACUUUUCAAAAGCUGGCUAAUUUAGCUUCUAUUUGCUGGUAUUUUUUCACCAAGUAGGUCAUGAACCACAAAACUGUGUUUGAGAUGUGGCCAUUAGUUCUGCAAUUAAUGUUCAGCAUGAAGCUGGACUGUUAAAACAUGCAUCAUGGCCUGUUUCAAAGCAGUGUUUACUGAAUACUGAAUUUCUGCUGAUUGCAAAGCUGAACUUGAUUUUAAUAGUUUCUGUAGUGACAAUAACAUCCAGUGGGGGGCCUUGGAACUUCAGUGAGCAUGGAACACUGAACCUCCAUGUCCAUAUUUAGAGAGAGAGUGAGACCGAAAGAAUGUGUGUGAGGGAAAUGGGACAGAGAGGGAAAGACAAACAGGGAAAGAAAUGAGAGAACCUUGCCAAAGAGGGAGGGUGAAAGGAAGAGGACAGUAAUGAAAAUUAAAGAGAAAGAAAAAAUUGUGGGGGGACGGGAGAUGGGUUGGGUGGGUAAAGUUCCUCAAACCAAGAUCCAGACAACUCCUCAUCGGGGGGAUAAUAGAAACCCCCUUUAUGAUUGAAAAAAAAAUUCUUAAAGACAAUCCGAUAUCAUUUCCUUUGUGGGAAUUGAUGUAUAUAUAUUUUUAGUUUUUUGUGAAUGAGAAGAUUUAGGGAAGCCUUGCCGAGGAUGAUUGAGGGAUAUGGAUGAAAAUGAGUCCACAUCAGAAGGUCUCAAACGGCACUGACCUUCAAUCUACCAGAAGUGGACCGGUGACCAGGCCUGUGGAUGAAAAGAAAAUGAAGUCUACAAUUCCAAGAAGAAAAACUGCUGUUAUUAAAGCUUUCAGCAAAACCAGACAAAGUGAUGAGUAUGGGGCAUGUAAUGUAUCCCAAAAUGCAGUGCUGUUGAUGGAAGCCCAUGUUCACCUUACCAACGGCUUGCAGUCAAGAGAGAGACUUCUGCUGCUUUUCACAGAUUCACUUAUCAUCACCAAAACGAAGUCUCUGUAUCUAAAGCUGAAGGCUCGUGUUAGCCUCUCAGACAUAUGGCUGGCAUCCUGUGUUCAUUACAUCACAGACAGGAAGCUCACCUCCAAGAACUCAUUUGUGAUUGGUUGGCCGACUACCAACUAUGUCGUCACUUACAGAUCAUCAGAAACAAAGGAGAGAUGGUUACAUGCUCUUCAGUGGCACACCUGCAGAGCCAGGCAAAAAGUCUUGCCAAAUGCCAUUCUUCUCUACGUCCAGCUGAUUUGCCUUCCAAAUGUCAACAGCUCAGAGACCAUUGCUGUGGCAGUGGACGUGACCACAACCGCAGAAAAUGUGGUUCAGUACAUCAUGCAGCAGUGCAAACUAUUGGGUGAAGUCUCGGACUACCAGCUGUGUGUAAACUAUGAAAAAGAAGAGGAAACAUACCCCCUUAUUGGCCAUGAGCUACCAUUCUUCAUCCUGCAUCACUCCCUGAGAAGUCAGCAAGAUCAACUGCACAUGCCCAGUGAGCCCCUGCAUGAAGCCUUUAGUUCUGGCCAGCAGACAGAGGCUCCUCCCAAGACCCCUCACUUCACCCUAAAAAACAGAACACAGUCUCCUAGAGGUGCUUUGCUGAAACAUAAAAGGAAAAGGUCUCUGAUUGAUUGGGCUCUGAGGAGGGGACACUUUAACCAAUCCGAUGGCCAGUCUGACCCACAAACUGCCUCUCACAAGCUAUUCGGUCAGCCUCUUUCCUCCAUUUGUCCUGAUGGAAAUCUGCCCAGGCCAGUAAUGGACCUGCUGUAUCUUCUGUUCUGUGAGGGUCCAGAGACCCGUGGAAUCUUCCGACGUUCAGCAAAUGCCAAAAACUGUAGGAUCCUGAAGGAGCGAAUGAAUUCUGGGCAAAGUAUUUCACUACAUGAACAAUCAGUGUUUGUCUCCGCAUCUCUAAUUACAGAGUUUUUACGCAAACUGCCUGGUGGUGUUUUGUGCUGUGAAUUAUAUGAGGACUGGAUUGAAGUGCUACAGACUGAGGAUCAACAAGACAGACUUAACAGAGUCAGAAGAUUGCUUGCACAGUUGCCAGAGGAGAAUGUCACCUUGCUGUGUCUCUUAUUUGGAGUGCUACACAAGAUACACACUCACUCGGAGGUGAAUCAGAUGACAGCAACAAACCUGGCCCUUUGCAUUGCACCCAACAUGCUCUGGAGGUCUUCCCAAAUCAGCCCUGACAAAGAGGGACAGAGUGUGUUGCGGGUCGCCGCGCUCAUCCAGUACCUGAUUGAAAACACGCCUGCCAUAUUUGGAGAUGAUCUGGAGAGUCUGUUCACCAGGCAGAUGAAUUCAGGGCAGGAAACAAGUGACUACGCAGAUGGUUCGUAUCUUCUUCAGCACUCCUCUUCGGAGGACACAGAUCAAGACUUCACCGUUUCUUCCCAACUAUUGCCUGAAGUUCAUCCUCUUAUCCUCCCUCUGGCUGCACUUUCUCUGAAAGAAAAGAGGAGACCCCAGCCCUUUCAUAUUGAUAUGUCAUCGACAGAAGGCACCUACAGCUGUGGAACACUGGAUUCCAUUUCAUCAUGUUACAGUGCUUCUGUAAGCAUGCUGGGGGUUGGGGAACUCAGCCAAUCACGCGACCGUUGCCUCUCUGAGCCUUCCAUGUAUUUUUCCACACCUCAAACUCCGGCACCGGAUCAUAGCCCUGUUAUUCGCCAAUCCAGCUAUGAUGCAGCCGUAACAGUCAGUAGAAAAGAGCAGUCACACAGUUCCUUGGGGUUAAGGCCACAACAACAAUCACACAAUUCUGGAAUGGGAACAAGACGACGCCGUUACACUUUCUGGAAGUCGCCGCAAAUCCCCACCCGCUUUCGUCAUCCUGCGCAGAGAUUGGCCAGCAUGUCAAGUCUGUCAUCUACUACCACUUCUUCCCUCAGCUCACUGGAUAGUACGUUGUCUCUCAGCUCUGCUGAUCCAAUCCCCAACCCUCAAGAUACACAGUCCCGGCCUUUUCUGUUUGGAGCUACUGCGAGACUGCGGCCUCUCACACCUGAAAUGUCCAGAAAGCAGGGUACAAGUACUUUCACUUACGAAGAGGAAGAGGAUGUUAGGAGAGAAAGAGUUCAAGAGAUGGAAGAUGAGAUAGAGAAUGAAUUUAAAGUAUCUUUUCGUGACUGUGAUGAAGAAAAAGCAGUAAAGGAUGGAGAAAGAACCGAGAAUGAGGAUGCCAUUAGCUGUGAUAUUAGCACCUUCAGUGAUAUUCAUGAGGUUAAAGGUGCAACAAGACCAUGUGUGUCAGAGUGUCUUGCUGAGACUGUGUGCAGCAUGGAGUUUAGUGUGAAUCCAUUACAUUCCUCCACCUCGUGUCAGAUAGAGCCCAAAUUUGACAUGAAUUCACAAGCAAUCUCACUGAAUCCAUGCAGUAUAUGGACAGUCCCAAAUGCGAAUCCGAUUGGCAGUGUGAUACAGGAAUCCCAGGUCACACAAAUGCUCACAAACACACCCACAAUGACACAAAAACAAUCCAAUAGCAAAGGAGAAAACUCUGUAAGUCAGCUGCAGCUGAAGCAUUCAAAUGCUCACUCAAACAUUCAUGCCUCGGGUGGGCAAAAAGUGAGCAGAAUGAAAAUCACAGUCUUUCCUUCUGCAGGAAGAGUGAUGCUAAAACAUUCAAAGGUCACGGAUAAAACCCAAAACAUCCUGGCGGAAACAGAGCAGAGAGUUGAGGGAAAAGUGCGAGAAUCUGUUCAGGUACAAAUCCCCCAGACACUGUUUUAUGGUCAUAAUGUUCCGUUAGUAUUACUUACUACACCUCCGCAGCAAACAUCAGUCCAGGUGAGGACACAUUGUACUUCUCCUAAUGAUGUGGAUGUGACAGACGCAGGCUUGAGUGCUAAAGCUAAUGUUGGCAUUGUCGCAACUGAUAUUAGCAAUGGCGUAACAACGGCACAGGAAAGUCUUACUGUUCAGAGCGUCAAAUCUGUUAGUCAUAGCAUGAGCACUGUUGAUGACCUGAACCAUCCUGGCUGUACUACUGAAACUGCUAACCCUGCUGUUAGCAUUAACAGUGGUUAUAGUGUUAACCCAAGUAUAAAGGUCUUUCAUAGCAAUGCUAAUCAGAGCGUGGCCAAUCCUAAACCUGCUAACAAAUCCUCAGGAACUUUUCGCCACACAAUCUGUAUCAAGCUCCCUGGCAACAGAGGGACAGCACAGAACAAGCCAUUACCAUAACUAAAUUUGGUGAUGUAAUACUACAUGGUGGUGAGGUAUAUGCAACAAAUGUAAUUUCAAUGCAUUUUUUUUUUUUGUAAGAACAAGCUUGGGUAUAGAGUCUGCAGUUUGUGUGCAGGAGAGCGGGGGCAUGGUGUAUUGGCAAGGCUUCUGCAGAGACACACACAGGAGGAAGUGAUUCAGUUGUGUGAAUGGAGAACACAUAUUGUUGGGUUUUAGUCUAUGCUUGUAGCCUUUUAAAGAAGAAAAAUUGAAGAAGAAAAAUCUCUGUGCACAGAAAGUGUAAAAUACAGUGUUGGUAGUAGGACAAGUUUUAUUUAUGAGUUUAAAUAAACUAUAAAUACAUUAACAUUACAAAACUGAAACCAAAAUAGACCAAAGCAAAAAAUAUUUUAACAAUGUUGAGUCUAAUGUUUUACACAAAAUGAUGGUGAUAUAAAAAAAAUGUACUGCAUAAUAGGAAUGAUGUUUGAAAAAGAUCAGUUGUUUUCAAUCCUCCUCUAAAAUAUGCUUUGGGGAAUGUUGCAGUCUAAAAAGAACUGGACUUUCAAAAUGUGGACAAAAUCAGCUGAGACAUUUCUCAAAAUAUCUUCUUUUGGGUUCUUAGCUUACAGUAUUUGGGAACAACAUGAUGCUGAGGAAAUGAUGACAGAAUUUUGUGAAUUAUAUAUAUUUAACAAUAAUUUUUAUUUUAUUUUUUUGUGUGUGCUCCAAAUAGAUAAAAAAAAAUCAAAUUAACUGAAUUUUACUAUUUAAUUUUUCAUUUUGCAUUCUUAAUUCUUGUCAGAAGUCAUAUUUGCAAAAUUUGUAUACACAUUAACUUUGUUAGCCCUAAAAUAUACAUUUUGUAAAAUCUCUCAAAUGUUCCAUGGGUCCCUAGAACCCAGUUUGAAACCCCCUGAUUUAGAGUACAUGACAAUAAAGCCAGUUUUUGAAAAUAUCAAUAAAGUCAGUCAUAAAAAAUUCCUUAAAAAAAGACAAUAAAAACAUGCAUGUGCUUCAGGCAUAAUUGGAAUCUGAUCAAUCUGAUGGUAAUCACACUUUUGAGCUAGGUAAGAUGUUAUAAGUGCUUAAGUGGAAGAAGGUAAACAGCAGACGUUACAAAGGGUUGGCGUCACUAUAGUAACAUAGCAUGUGGCAGGAGAAGGGACUUUUGUGAAGACUGCAUGAAAUGAUAUAAGGGACGUGGCGUGAUCUGCAUAAGAUGCUGUGAUAAUACCAUUAGAAGAACAUUAAGAAGGAACAAGCGGGUGGGAGGUGUUUAUAGAGAUGAGUAUGCAUAGUGUAGAUCCAGUGAAUAACAUUGGUGGAUAACUGAAUGAUGUUUUGAAUUAUCAUAUGGUUCAGAGUAAUGUUUGUUUAUGUGUAGUUGUAAUGUGCUUCUUCGAACAAGUGGUGGCAAUGGUACUUGGAUGCAUUGAUAUAUAUAUAUAUAUAUUAAGUGGAAAAUUCUAGUUAUGCAGUACCUUUUGAACUCUCUAAUCUUUAAAUGCAGUAUGUGAGUACUUCAUUUUGAUACUUUCAACUUUCUUUUAAAAAUAUACAGAUUUUUUUGUUUUUUGUUUUUAAACUGAAUGGAAUGUAUUAAUUUGGAACAACUGAACUAUCACAAAAUAUCACAGAAUCAAAUCCAUUUCUAAUAAUUAUAAUAUCUGUGCUGAGUAAAAAAAACAACAACAAUUAGCUGGAGGAAGAAAUUACUAAUAUGCACAAGAAAAUAUGUUUUAUACAUUUUAAUUUAAAUGAAGAAAAAAAAAUUUUCUUAAUAAAUUGCCAGCUUUUCAUGCUAGAAUAUUUAAAGAUAGCUUACACAAAAACGAAAAGUAUGUGAUUAUUUACUCACCCUCUUCUAGUUCCAAAUCCGUAUGACUUACUUUCUUCUGAAAAAUACAAAAUAAGAUAUCUUGAAAAAAAUGUUUCAGCCAAUUUUUUUCUUCCCAUAUAAUGAAAGUCAUGGGGCCCAGUCUUGUUUUGUAUCAGAAUGGUCAAUGAGCAAAUCCAAUUGAUAUUAUUAAUAAAAAUAUUAUUAUUUAAAAUUAUGUAAAAAUAUUUGUCCACCAAUGAAGCAUUUAAUCUUAAAUGUAUACUGUGUCUGUUUUAGAAUCUAGAAUUCUCUUGACAUUCUGUUCCAUUAUCACUUCAGGUGCAUAUUUCAAGUGAGGCUGCACUUCAGAUACAUUUUUUUUUUUUUUCUUUAUUGUCAGGUAACACUUUGGUUCAUAAAACAAACAUAGCUCUCAGGUAUGAUAUUCCUGGGCUUUAUCCCUGUCUGUAAAAACUGAUUGACAGUGAUUUCUACACAAAAGCCUUAUUGAUACAAAUGACCUUCAGCUUUUCAUAAUUUUCAUAAUGCAAGUAGAUAAAACUGACCUUUAAAUAGAGAUUUUCAUAAUACAUAUAACUCCAACUGACUUUUACAAAGAAUAGUAAAUUCUAAAUUUAACUUCCAAAUUCUGACUUUUUUCCCCAAGUUGACAUCUCACAAUUGUUUUUUAAUGAAUAAAAAGUUAAUAGGUAAUUAUGACUUUUUAUCUCACAAUUUUAAGUACCCGGGGAGCAGUUGGGGGUUCGGUGCCUUGCUCAAGGGCCUCACCUCAGUCUAAUUAUUGAGUCGGUAUUGAAGGUGGAAGAGAGCGCUGGUCAUUCACCCCCCCCACCUACAAUCCCUGCCGGUACCGAGACUCGAACCUGCAACCUUUAUAUUAUCUUAUAUAUACUGGGUUACAAGUCUGAUGCUUAGAGAUUCAGACUUGUAACCCAAUAUAUAUAUAAGAUAAUAUAUUUAAGAUAAGAUAGUAUAAUAAAUAAUAUAUUUAAUAUUUUGAAACAUUUAUUUUUAUGUGUAUGUUAAUUAUUUAUUAAAAACAGAAAAUGGCGCAUGAUGAUGUCAUAUUGCUCAUUAAGUUAAAGUCAUUUCACAUGACCAAAAACGCAUGCUCUCCUGAGUAGGUACUUAUUUUGAAUAAGUAAUUACUUUGUGGUGACUAAAAAAGUAUGUUCAGUAUCGUAUGAAUGUAAUCCGGACAUAUUGCAUUCACCAUGGAAGAAUGCAGAUCUUCUGGCAAUUGAGAGAGAUAAUCAAAAGAGCCACCAGCAUUUGGCCACCAUUUUCUUUUUGACCCACUCUCAGUCAUGUGAAUAAUUUCUCUUGGUGUUUCUGAUGAGCUCUAAAUGUCCGCAGCUGUUUCACUCAUCACACAACCUCACAAUAUUACACAUUAAAGAUGUUCUGUUGUUUACCUGUUAAAACAGUGUGCAGUCUGAGAUGUGUGUGUAUGAACACACGAGUAUAUAUUUCAAAGUGCUGGUAAUGAAUCAUUAGAUGAGACAAAUUAUAUAGCCAUGAGCUCUUGAGCUCUUCUGACAUUUAACACUGCUGCCAACUAAUGCUCAGAAGCUGUCGGUUUAAGUUCUCAUUAUGUAGUUUACUCUUGAUAUUCCUAAUCAGUCUAUAGAAACCAAAGCAACAGAAAGCAGUGGGCAGUUGUAGAGGUAACAGCAAGUAAGAAGCAAAUCGAUCUGUGCACUUUCAUUCAUAUAACAGAAUUUAUCUUUAUACACAGGUUUAUUUUCACCUAAUUCAAGACUGUUGUGUGUUCUUUUAUGGAUGGUUCAUGUUUCAAAACAGUUGUUUAAUUAAUUUUGAUUUGUUUUGUAAAUCUAAACACUUAUCACAGAAUGUAUAUUUAAGAACACAGUGUGUGCAAUUGUUAUUCGUUUAUUGUAACUGCUUUCACAGGUGGGAUGUAUAGACAAUAUCUGCUUGAUCAAACAUGUAAAAGUGAAUAAAAGCUAAAGAUCUUUUAAGAUUUUUAGAGA